AUGUCAAAAAAGCCAAUAAAAUGAGAAUUCAAGGUAUUUACAUUGAGCGAUUCAAAAACAGGCUAUUUAUGAAAUUUACCCUGGAAAAUCAGCAAAAUAAAAAAUAAUAUCGCAAUGGCUGUGACACUGAGACUGAUUGAAGAAUUAAGAUCAAACUGGCAUCACUUAUAUUGCGACAAUUGGUAUUCAAGUCCUGAAUUAUUCAGAAUUUUAGCAAAUCAAGGAUUCGGAGCAACUGGAACAGUGAGAAAAAAGGAAAGGAUUGACAAAGUUUCAUAUAAAAUAAAGUGAAUCGAUUAG